AACCAGUACUCUCUUUAUGAUGUGGGGGUUUCUCAGUUGGUGAACAAGGGUAGAGUCCGGUCAAAUAAAUCAAAAGCAAAAAUCCUUUACAGUGCGGACUAUUUAUUUUUACAACAAAAAUCCCGUUAUACACUCUCUGGGUCUCAAAAAUAAUUCACGUUGUAUUUUGUGACAAUAAUUGUACUAAAAACAGUUCACGGUUUACAGUGCGGACUAUUUAUUUUUACAUGCAGGCGAGAGCCUAUAUAAAUGAAGGCCUCCCUCAAGCUUAAUCCAUCCAUAUUAUUGCCUGCAGGCUUCAGUCUUCCCCAUUCAUUUUCUCCACUCCACUACAUCUUCCAAAAUGGCUUCGUUGGGAUUGAAAAACAACCACCAAAUCAUAGCAAUGCUAUUUGUGUUGUUGCUUGUUCACGAGGCGGCAAUGCUACUGACAUCUUCAUCAGUAGUCGCCGCCGCUUCACAAACUAAGAGUAGCAGUGAGUGUUGCGAUAAUUGCGAGUCUACAUACAUUGAUUGUGACGAUCUGUGCUGUGGCCCUCAUCUUACCGAUGAAUGUCGGUGGGGAUGCGUGAUUGAUCUAAGUAUUUGUAUCAAUGGUUGUGGUGGUGGCUGUACCUUCCUUGCCGGAAUCAAGAACCGUGCCGUGAAUGUGAUGGAAGGCUGUAAGCAGCAGUCGCUCCGGCCUCAAACUAUCUAAUUAAUCUGUUCCUUCUUUAGACUGCUUUGAUGCGUACAUGAUGCCUCGCUCUCCCAGCCUACCACUUUGUUCCUUCCUUCCUUCCUUCUUUCUGUGCAUAAUAACCUUAAUAAAAGGCAGGCUCAUGUGUAUUUGUAAUGUUGUUUUUUGAUAAGGCAGUCUCAUGUGUGUAAUGUGUAUUUGUAUUUGUAAUGUUGUGGUUUGUAAUUCAUCUGGUAUCUAUGUAUGAUUUUCCUUUAUCUUUUACGUACAAGUAAUUAAGAUGGUACAGUCCGAAUGCAUUUUAAGAGUAUCAAAAUGGAUUUAUGUGAGAUGCAAUGACACGGUGACUAAAGCUAAAAGCUUAGAAAAAUUUAACAUUAUAUAUGGAGGUUUUUUUUUCCCUCUAUAACAAGUCACUGAGAUUAAUUGCAUGAAUCCAUAUGAAGCUUUUGCAAUUUGACAGCUUUUUGCAACUAGUGUUUCUUGAGAAGUUUCUACUACAAACACCUCCUCCCCC